AUGGAACUUGCGCGCAUCUCUCUCAACCCUCUUCUCCCUUCCCCUUGCAAAUUCACUUGCGAAUUUCUCAAUCCGCGCCCCCUCCCUCCCCCUCGCCUUUACUAUUUCCCGAUUCCUCCAUCUCCCCCGCUUGCAUCUUCCGCACUCCCCUUUUGCGCCCUUUCCCCCAAUUCCCCCCCUCUGCAUUCCCCGUUUGCCUCCUUUUCCCCGCCCCUCCCCGUCAUCCUCUCCCUUACCUCUUCCGCUUUCCCCGUUUGCCUACUCCCCGCGCCUCUCGCGCCGCUCCGCCGCUCGCUCGUCCCGAGCAGUUACACUUACACCUCCAACGGUUUUGCCGCCUCGCUGACGUCAGCGGAGGCGAGGAGAUUAAAGCGUCACCCGGCUGUAGCGGCGGUGGAGGAGGACGAAUACCUUCCCGCACUAACUAGUAGUACCAGUUUUCGCGACUCCGAUACUUUUUCUCGGCUGCCCGAGGACGCACAGAGCGGGCAGGCGGGCGGGCAGGAGGACGGGCAGCUGGGCAGCGGGAGGAGGAGAAAGCUGAUGACUGAUUCGCCGGGUUUUCUUCGGCUGCCCGGGUCGCUGUGGGCGGCGAACGGCGGGCGGGAUAACGCGGGGGAGGGGGUGAUUGUGGGAGUGAUCGACACCGGCGUGUGGCCGGAACACCCGUCGUUUGCAGAUACACCAUCCAACCCGUACGGGCCUGUCCCCCGCAGGUGGCGCGGGAAGUGCCAGGCGACGCGGGACUUCCCCAAGUCGCUCUGCUCGCGGAAGCUCAUCGGCGCGCGGUUCUUCGCGGCGGGCGUGCGCAAGUCGUCCGCGGGGGUGAGCAAGGAGAAGGACUUUAUGUCGCCACGCGACGGGGACGGCCACGGCACGUGGUGUGCCAGCGCAGCAGCAGGCAACGCCAACGUGCCUCUGACUCUCUCCCCAUCCAGAACCCUCGGGUCAAUCUCAGGAGUGGCGCCCCGUGCGCGCCUAGCCACAUACAAAUCCCUUUGGGUCACCCCGGGGGGAGAAGCUGGGGCGUUUCAGUCAGACAUACGCGCAGCCGUUGAUGCGGCCGUAUCCGACGGUGUGGAUGUGCUCUCGUGCUCGUUUGGCGGGGCCAUCUCGCGGUAUUUCAACGACCUUCCAUACCUGCAAGCGUUCAAGGCGGGGGUGUUUAUAGCCUUUGCAGCGGGCAACAGCGGCGCCCCCUCCAAGGGGCAGAUGCUCGGCACCCUCAGCAACACUGCGCCUUUUUACCUCACCGUUGGAGCCAGCACCAUAGGCCGUGAGUACCAGGCCAACAUCACCCUGGGAAACGGAGUGCAGGUCACGGGGCUCGGCUUUGGCAGCGCGGGCAAUGCGAUAAACCUGCCCCUUGUGCUCUCCUCCGCUGCUGUGCACCCAUUGGGGACUCUCAGUUUGGCACGAGAAUGCUUCGCAUCAAGCCUCGACAAGUCAAAGCUCUCUGGUCGCAUGCUGGUGUGUAAUCUCAAGUCAAGGGACGUGCGGGAGGCGAUGAAAGACACCACCACUGCUGCUGUCGGUGCUGCUGCUGUGCUGCUGCUCUCCGCCUCUGCUUCCUCCCCGGCGCCCUCCCGCAUACCCUAUACAGACGUCCCCGCUAUUCACUUGAACGCGGAGGAUUCGGAGACUGUUCGGCAGUACCUCAGCAAGGCAACCAACCCCACGGCCUCCCUCUCUCCCCCCUUCACCACGUUCUCAGAUUCAGCCCCAUCAGUCGCCUACUUCUCCUCCACCGGCCCGCCUCUCAACCCUGCCUUCCCAGUCACUCCGCGCCUCCUCGCCUCAAACGACAUCUUAAAGCCCGACAUCAUCGGCCCAGGAUUCCAGCUCUGGGCUGCUUCCAGAGGCCUCACACUCUCCUCCGAGCCGCCCAAAUUCGCCUAUCUUUCCGGAACCUCCAUGGCCACCCCCCAUCUGGCCGGCAUUGCCGCCCUAAUCAUCCAGAAAAAACCAAAAUGGUCGCCCGCCCAAAUCACGUCUGCAAUCAUGACCACCGCAUACACCACCAACAGGCUCGGCAACCCCAUCCGCCGAACCACCAGCUCCGGCAAGAAGAGCACCGGGGUAACAGUCGAAGCUACCCCAUGGGAUAUGGGGUCGGGUCAUGUUGACCCCAUGCGGGUACUGAACCCGGGGCUUACGUUCGACGUGGGUUACAAGGACUACGUAAAUUUUCUCGCUGGGCGUAGCUAUUUUUACACCAUGAUGAAUUUCCCGGGCUUUGUCGGGGGAAUCCGGCCGGUGAAAGCGUUCAAUCUCAACCGUCCGUCGAUCGCCAUCUCGCGGCUCUCGAGACCAGUGGUGGUAAGGCGCAUAGUGAAGAGUGUUGCUGACGUGGCAGCGACCUAUAAGGCGAUAAUAAGGGGGCCUAGUGGAGUAAAAAUAGACGUCAAUCCAAUGAGUUUCACCAUCAAUCCUGGGCAGACGCAAAAGUUUUCGGUGCGGUUUCGGCCGAAGGGGAAGCCGAGCAAGGUGUUUAAGUUCGGAAGCCUGGUGUGGCGAGGUAAUCAGUCGCAUAUUGUUCGAAUUGUUAUGGCCAUUAGAACUGUACCUGUGACUCAGUUCCUUAACUAG